GAUAUAGAUAUUAGAAAAUUGAACAUAAAAAUGUCGUGACUAGACUAGCGGGCGAUUUCCAACUAGGGCUAUGAGUGGUUGGGUUUGUGAAAAGUAGCUGUUAAAUUUGUAAAAUUAACUUUGAAUGUGGAGUUAAUUUUAUCGUUGGACCGUUGACUACAAACAUUUAAUUUCAGCAAUAAGUUUAGAUAGUUAAGAACUAAACAAUAUGGAGGGCAUAGGAGCCGAAGUUACCCAAAAGAUCAGAUCUGCUAUCAAAGCAAAACUCAUGGAAAUUGGUGUAUACGUUGAUGAGGAGCUUCCGGACUAUGUAAUGGUAAUGGUGGUUAACAAGCGUAGCAAAGCAGAUAUGGAUGAUGAGUUAGCGCUAUUUCUGGGAAAACACACUUCUCUGUUUACUUCAUGGCUUCAUCAAGUUCUUCAGAAACUUCAAGAAGUUACUGUGGCCAAUUUAGGUCCUGGUGGAAUCAAAAGAAAACUUUCUGACGAUUAUAAAAAGAAGAAAAAAUCCAAACAAGACCAUGAAAAGAAAGAAAUUAAGAAAAGAAUUAAAAUAGAACCUGUAGAUGAUGAAAAUAAGGAGAUACAAAGAAGUAAAGAAACUGAAAAAGAAAAGAAAAAGAUGAUCAAUAUGGAUGAAAGUGAGAAUAUUCCUAAAAACACUGAAACAGUUGGACAGAAAAGAAAAGAAAAGGCUGUGUCAGGCAGAACAGUAAAUGAAACCAAAAGUAUUAGUAGGCAGAAUGAACGUAGGGAAAGUAUGGAAACACGUCAUAAGCAAGAUGAAGAACAUAGAGUUAUGAGGAGCAAAUCUCACAGUAUAUCAAGUCAGGUUGGUGAUCUCGAUGAUGAUGACUGCAUAAACAUCAGGACAGAUGGAGAGUUACUUGAUACUGCAGAAGAAAUAAAUACAGAAGAUGUUUCAAGAAAAACUAAAGACCAUUCUCUUAAUUCCAAGAUAAGUGAAAAUGACUUUGACAAAAAGCGCACAAACGUACGAAGGAGUCCACACAGGCAAAAUGAGAAAUUGAGAUCAGAAGAUCUUAGUGCAGAGAGGCCUAGUGAGAAGCAAACUGUUAAGAGACAACGUUCUCCGACUGAAAGUCCACCGAAAUCCAACGACAAGCUAGUUGACGCUCGUGAGUUACUUAACCGUAAGAAAGCUGCUAAGCUAUCAGACAAUAGGACAAAGUCAAGGAGUAGAGAGAGGAGCUGGAGCACAUCGCCCCCUCGCAGAAGAAGAGAUUAUGACAGGGAUAAUCAGAGGUACAGAGAUGACAGAGACAAUAGGAGAGUGACACGGGAAGAAGAGAGAGAACAUGCAACUCGUCGUGUUGGUCGGGAGGACAGAAGGGAGCGGAAAUGUACACGUGAGAGGGAUACGUAUUCUACCAAACGUAGAGGGGACGAUAGGACAUCCCGCCGAGAUCUGGACUCAAGAGACAAUAGGAAGAGGGAUUCGAGUGGUGAACCUCCUUCUAGCAGAAUUCCUCUUGAAAAACCGUUCAGGAACAAAGUUAACGAAUGGGAAUCUAGUCGGACAUCUAAAGUGAAUAAUUUGUCUGAAGGUCGCAAAGUGGGAAUGGAUUCAUCAGUAAAAAGGAGAGAUUUAGAGGAAUCUAGCAAGCGAAGUGGCCUGGUGUCUCACGUGGUAGCUAGGCCUCAAGAGCCUGAAGACUCCGUGGACACUCCUGUACCUAGUGUAGUUAAGAUAACUCCGAGACCUCGUAGGCCUCCCUCCCAGCAGGCCAGCAGCAACCUUAUCAUUAAGGCCAUCUCAGAGGCCAACAAGUCCCUUGCUAAUAUACCACAGCGCCCAGAUAGCACACAGCGAACAAGAAAAGAGCCGGUAUUUACAAGAACUCUGCGUCAGUCGAAGAGGAUUCCUCCAGAAAAAAUUGCCAUUUCUAUCACCAACCCACUAGCUCUUCAAACUGCAGAUAGCUCAGAAAUGAUGUACGAAAGUGAUGAUCCUUCUUUACCAAAAAAUGAUGAAAUCAUUAGCAACCGAUCCAAUACAAACAAUAUUGAAAUUAUACCAACUUCUCCUGAAACAGAGGAGUCUGCUCAGAAUAAAGCCAUUCCAACUGAAGAACAGGAGAAGGAUGAACCAAAAUCAGCAGAACAAUUGGAAGAGCCAGAAAUCGAAUUGGAAAUUAGUACGGAACUGGAACCAUUUGAAGAAGAAAUGGAGGAGAUGUCUGACCCACAGUUUGUGGUAACCCUGAACGGAUACGAUCCGGAUGGUCUAUUCUCACAGAGUGGCGAGGAGGGUGAUGAUGAGUGGCUCAAGGAAACGGUGGAUGAGGAACCCUUACUGACCUCCACACCAGAUCAUAUGCCUUCACCCAAACGGAACUCAUCACCAAUUGUCUUCAAAAACAACCCUAAUGUCAACCAUUCUAAUUUGAUAGAAGUGGAAGUGGUGAAAACCAUGAGUACAGAGCGUUGCAAGUACUGGCCAGCUUGCAGGAUGAUAGAAAAAUGUCCAUUUUAUCAUCCAACUAAGCCAUGCAAGAUAUUUCCAGCGUGCAAGUUUGGGGAUGCUUGUUUGUACAUCCACCCCCAGUGUAAAUAUAAUGCUUUAUGCACACGAAAAGACUGUGUGUUUGCACAUACUCCAGCCCACACACCGAUGCAGCCAGCAGCUGUGCCAAAGGCCAAGGCUAUAUAUGCUGCUGCUGCCCCACUGCCCUGCAAGUACUACCCCAACUGUACCAACAUCAACUGCCAGUUUGCCCAUCCACCCAGGGCCUGCAGGUUUGGGUUGUAUUGCACCAAGAAAGACUGCUCGUUCGAACACGGACAAGUGGCUCCGGUGGAUAAACUCAAGUGGUCCCGUUUGACUACCACUUGAUCAUUCAGUUUUAUGUUCUUUGUUCUGUGUUCAAAAUCCUUUGUACUGCUUACUUAGUUUGAUUUCUAUACAUAAAUAGAAUUCUUCACAGUUUCAUUGUACAUUUAUUUUAGCCUGUGAUAAAACAAAGUUGUAAAUAUUUAUAUUGUGUUACAUGUAUUAUACGAUUAUACUUUAAGACGUUGAGAAUUCGAUUCCCACGUUUGUUAUUGGUUUAUUGUAUUUGAGUGUAAUUAUAUCUAUAAGGUAGAAAGAAAUAAAGUGAUAUUUUUACUA